AGAGUAAUUCGGAGAAGGAAGUCUUGGUAAGUAAGGUUUUUCUGGACUUUUCAAAUUACUGUGUUGAUGUUUCAAACGAGAAAGAAAAUGGUAAGGUCAGUGCAGGAAUUAGAGCUUGAACUCAAGUAAAAAUGCAGUGAAGAAUGGUAAUGUCCCUCUGGGAUAGCCACAUCAACAUGACCCAAGACAGAGAACCCAUCAUGGGGAUUUUCCACUUUGUUUGCACCUUGGCCUUAAUAGUUGGAAGCAUGACCCACUUCUCUGAUAACCGUGAGUUUAUGGUUGACUAUUCAAACAGGAACCUUACUCAUGUCCCAAAAGACCUGCCACCAAGAACAAAAGUCUUGAGUCUGUCUCAAAACUCUAUAUCUGAGCUUCAGAUGUCUGAUAUCAGCUUUCUGUCAGAGCUGAGAGUUCUCAGACUCUCCCACAACAGGAUACGGAGACUUGAUUUCUGUGUGUUCUCGUUCAAUCGGGAUUUAGAAUACCUGGAUGUCUCACACAAUCGGUUGCAAAACAUCUCUUGCUGCCCUAUGGUGAACUUGAAGCAUCUAGACCUCUCAUUCAAUGACUUCGAUGUGCUGCCCGUGUGUAAGGAAUUUGGCAACUUGACACAGCUGAGUUUCUUGGGAUUAAGCGCUGCAAAGUUCCGACAACUUGAUCUGCUCCCAGUUGCUCACUUGCACCUAAGCUACAUUCUUCUGGACUUAGUGAGUUAUCAUAUAAAAGAUGGUGAAACAGAAAGCCUUCAGGUUCCAAAUACCAAUGUUCUCCAUUUGGUCUUUCAUCCAAAUAGCUUGUUCUCUGUGCAAGUGAACAUAUCUGCAAAUGCUUUAGGAUGUUUACAACUGAGUAAUAUUAAAUUGAAUAGUGAAAACUGUCAAAGGUUAAGGACAUUUUUAUCAGAACUCACCAGAGGGCCAACCUUAUUGAAUGUGACCUUCCAGCACAUAGAAACAAACUGGAAGUGCUUGGUUAAACUUCUCCAAUUCCUUUGGCCCCAACCGGUGGAGUAUCUCAAUAUUUACAACUUAACAAUAACUGAGAGCAUCGACAAGGAAGAGUUUACUUACUUGGAGACAGUACUGAACUCAUUGAAGAUAGAGCAUGUCACAAACCAAGUGUAUAUAUAUUCAAAGGACGAAUUUUACUCCGUGUUUGCUGAGAUGAACAUCAGGAUGCUCUCCAUCUCAGACACCCCGUUCAUCCACAUGCUGUGCCCACAGUCCCCAAGCACAUUUACGUUUCUGAACUUUACCCAGAACGUUUUCACUGACAGUAUUUUUCAAGGCUGUUCCACCUUAAAGAGGCUGGAGACACUUAUCUUACAAAGGAAUGGUUUGAAGAACUUUUUUAAGGUAGCUCUCAUGACUACGACUAUGUCUUCUCUGGAAACUCUGGAUGUUAGUUUGAAUUCUUUGAACUCUCUUGAGUAUGACACAACAUGUGCUUGGGCCGAGAGCAUAUCAGUGUUGAAUUUGUCUUCAAAUGUACUUACGGACUCUAUCUUCAGAUGCUUACCUCCCAAGGUCAAGGUCCUUGACCUUCACAACAACAGGAUAAUGAGCAUCCCUAAAGAUGUCACCCGCCUGCAAGCUUUGCAGGAACUCAAUGUAGCAUCCAAUUCUUUAACUGACCUUCCUGGAUGCGGGGCCUUCAGCAGCCUUUCUGUGCUGGUCAUCGACCAUAACUCAGUUUCCCACCCCUCUGAGGAUUUCUUCCAGAACUGUCAGAAUAUUAGAUCCUUAACAGCGGGGAACAACCCAUUCCAAUGCACAUGUGAGCUGAGGGAGUUUGUCAAAAACAUAGGCCAGGUAUCAAGAGAAGUGGUGGAGGGCUGGCCUGACUCUUACAGGUGUGACUACCCAGAAAGCACUAAGGGAACCCUACUGCAGGACUUCCACAUGUCUCCACUGUCCUGUGAUACCGUUCUGCUGACGGUCACCAUUGGGGCCACUAUGCUGCUGCUGGCUGCCACUGGGGCUUUCCUGUGUCUCUACUUUGAUCUGCCUUGGUAUGUGAGGAUGCUGUGUCAAUGGACACAGACCAGGCACAGGGCCAAGAACAUCCCCUUAGAGGAACUCCAGAGAAAGCUCCAGUUCCAUGCUUUUGUCUCAUACAGUGAGCAUGAUUCUGCUUGGGUGAAGAACGAAUUACUACCAAACUUAGAGAAAGAUGACAUCCGGGUUUGCCUCCAUGAGAGAAACUUUGUCCCUGGCAAGAGCAUUGUGGAGAACAUCAUACACUUCAUUGAGAAGAGUUACAAGUCCAUCUUUGUGCUGUCUCCCCACUUCAUCCAGAGUGAGUGGUGCCACUAUGAACUCUACUUUGCCCAUCACAAUCUCUUCCACAAAGGCUCUGAUAACUUAAUCCUGAUCUUGCUGGAGCCCAUCCCACAGAACAACAUUCCCAGUAGAUACCACAAGCUACAGGCUCUCAUGGCACAGCGGACUUACUUGGAAUGGCCUAAGGAGAAGGGCAAGCGUGGGCUGUUUUGGGCCAACCUUAAAGCUUCUUUUAUUAUGAAGUUAACCUUAGUCAAUGAAGACGAUGUGAAAAUGUGAAGCUUGGGUUUCCAACUUACUAAACUGUCAACCUGGACUCCGAUGAGCACUGUGGGUUCAAGUUUCUACCUGGAGGCACUUCUGUUGUGUCUUAGUUUGCUGUCUGUGCUAUGAUAAACAUGUUUAGAAGUAGCUUA